GUCGGCAUUCCGGCGUCCCACGAUCGGACACGCCUCUGCUCGCACCAGAUGCAAAAUUUGCUGCGCGCGCCGCUGCGCCAGACAUGCCGACACCACGGCCUCCACAUCACCUCCCAGUCUAACCCGAAACUCAGUCUUGUUGGCUCUUCGCGCCUCAAGUCGACUAAGAGCGCCAAAAGUGCUGCAAAGACGCCUGUGCCCCCGAAGACGGCCACUACACCCCCUCCACGACCUGCUCCGAAGCCUACCGUCCACGCCGCUCCGACUCCUGGGUUCAAGCCUACUGUUGCGGCCUUGUCCACGCCUGCUCCCGCGGCGAAGGCUGAGAUCGCCCUGUCAGACACCCUAUCUUGGCCCGAGUACUUUGAUUUGAGGAAAAAGCGGAGGAGAUGGCAGACGUAUAUCUCGUUCCCCGCCGCGGCUGGUGGUUUCUUCGGGGGCGCAUUCUACUUUGGGUCGCUUGAGACCGACCCAACUGUGCCUAUCAUGGGAGUAGACCCGCUCAUGUUCUACGGAGGAUGCACCAUUCUCUGCAGCGGGUUCGGCUUCUUGAUUGGGCCCACCAUCGGCUCCGGCAUCUGGCGCAUGAUAUACCGCAACUCCGCCGCCAAAGUCGACGCCAAGGACCGCGACUUUUUUCAGCACAUUGCGCGCAACCGCGUCGACGCGACGCUGCAGAGCGCGACUAGCCCGAUACCGGACUACUACGGCGAGAAGGUGGGCUCCCUUCGGCAGUAUAGACAGUGGCUGCGCGAUCAGUCGAAGUUUCGCCGGAAAGCUAUGCAUGUCUCCGUAGAUUAGGUUGUGCAAUGCGUAUCUGAAUGGCGGGAGCUUGUUCUCUUUUAUUUUUGCGCUUCGGGGGCGAUUGGCUGCGGCGCGGAGAAACAUGCAUCGACCCAUCUAUCAGCCCGCAACUUGAUCAUCAACACGCAAGGAUCCUCAGGGCUCUCGGUGGAUUUGUGUUGAAUGCGACGCAAUCAGUGUGUUUGGCCUGAAAAGGCUGAUCCGCAUUCUGUCCGAAAGUCACCUAAGGCUGCUCGUGGGGGAGAGACGAGUACUCAUGGUGCUUGAUUGAUUACUUCCCGUCCUGUUACCAUGCUUCGUCGACAGGAUGGCUGUCCGUUCCAGGGUGUGUCUCUCGCGUCCUCUCCAUUACAAGUGCGUAUAUGGGCAGUUGUGUGUCAUGGAUGCACAGGCGUAGGAGAGGCUGUUCUCCUCGAGCGCAGCCCGAAAUGCUGCCAUCGACUUUCAAAGAGCCACCAGGAAGAGCUUGAGAAGACAAGUGAAGGUGUUCUCUCUCGAUUGGAAUGUAGCCAGCAUAUAUUGGAGACCAGGCACCUGCGGGAAACUCACCCAGCCGACUGGGUCUCACCGCCGACAUCAUAAUUUGUGGAUCUCCGUGAUCAAGAUGCGGCACUCAAAACUAUUCAAAGGUUUGUCGGCUGCGAAGGUCUUCGUUCCUCUUCUCUCUUCUCCCUUUCGAGGCGCUUGUCUCUCCUUCCCCUCUUUUCGUUCGUUCGUUCCCCUUUGACGAUCAGCCAUGCACCACAAUCCAUCCCGUAUGGUUCGCGAGCGCCGACAGAACACGUCCGCCGCUUCGCCGAGUGCCACAGCUAUCGUCGAUUCCGCCCCGCCCAGCAGCAGCACAUCGGUGGUCAGCCUCACGGCUCCGACGUCUACGAGUGUGCUGGCGGCUAUUGUAGCCAUUUUGUUUGCCGUGGUGCUACUGGGCAUUGCGAUCUGCAUCUACCGGCGGCAACGAAAAUCGAGGAAGAGUGCCGAGGGCGGUCCCCAGCCUCAUGUGAUCAGCUUUGAGGAGAAGAAGAAGGAGGCGUCGUUCGACGAGGACAAAAAACACGACCUGCACAUCUCUGCGUAUGGGAUUGAGAAGCCCAGCCGCGCCUUCAUUCCGGACUCCGCGAACACAGGCGCGGGCUGGGUGCCCCAGAUCCCGUCCGCCGAUGCGACGCACAACAGUGCGAAGAAGUCGAAGAGUAAGAAGACGCUGCGGCCUUGGGACAAGACGCUUUCGGGCUUCGCACCCAGCGAGCGCUCGCCGCCGCCCUCGUACCCGUCAGCCAACGCCUCUCCGACGUUCCUUUCCACGCAGAUCCCGCUGCCUCCUUCCCCGCCCCAUCAAUCUGCGAUGCCCCCGACACCGCCGACACCCCCGGCGAAGAAGAGCAAGACGAAUCCCUUCGCGCGCGAGAUCCCGCCUGCGAAACCGGAGCCGUCCGAUCUCGCGCCGCUGCCGCUCCCGUCUCCGGCCCGCACAGCCUCCUUCGCGCACAUGCAGACGAUGCAGAUGCCCCCGGAGGACGAGGCGGCGAUCCCGCCGUCGCCGCUCCCGGUGCGCCUCAUGAACGUGGUCAGCGCGUUCGCGCCGACGAUGGAGGACGAGCUCGCGCUACGCGUCGGCGAGACGGUGCGCGUGCUGGAGGAGUUCCAGGACGGGUGGGGCCUCGUGCAGCGCGUCGGGAGGAACGCGAGCGAGGCGCCAAAGGGCGUCGUGCCCAUGACCUGUCUCGUUGAGCGGGUGGCCACCGUCGUCGGACGGAGGCUUUGAAUGACUUGCUACUGCUUAUGACCGACUGUCGCGUCCCCGCCACCACCUCCCCUUCUGUGUAGGGCCGACACACCACAUUCGUUUGCCCACACCGCGCGUUGUCGCGCUUUGAUAUUUAUCUGCUUGCUGCCGCCCCGUUAUUUAUACAUUUCGGAGGCGCGCCGCGCCGCUUCCUCCGAUAUCUCGUUCUCGUUCUCGUUCUCACUGUUGCCUUUGCCCUUGCCUUUGCCCUUAUCCUCGGUUCCUCUUAUAACUUAGUCGUACUCGCUCGACACCCCCCUGCUCUUUCGUGCACCUGGGCUGCACGCUGUUUCCGCCUGCGAGCCAGGCCGGCACCGACUGUCGCCCGACUACCAGUUAUUCGACCCACAGCGCGGCGUUGCCGAUACGGCGGACGAGUCCCUUGGAGGACACACGUAAUCUACCUACCUCGCAGACCAAAUAGCUACAUCCCUUGCUUUAUUUCUGACUUAUCAACUUGCAUUUUUGGUCUUCGCUUGGGUGGGGGGGGGGGGGGGGUUCUGCCGCUCAAAGUGACGAACUCUAGCAGUGCAGCACAGUCUCAUGGGGCAACACUCCAUCGGGUUGACCUGACUACUGGGUAGGUCUGGAACCAGGGACAGAUGUAAAGGAUCACAAGUGGGCGUCACGCCAUUAAUGAUCUGAUAUCGCAUCAGACCUCGGAUACUGACAAUUUCCUUAUUCGACGCUUGUAGUUUUGUUUAGUUUAGGUUACUCCGCGCCUACGAUGUACUCUGGAUUUAUCUCCAAUUCAUCCAAAGUAUCUCGUUUACCAUACAAAUCAUGUACUAUAAGCAUCUAGAGAAGAAAAUGGGUUCUACCG